CCGGUAGGUGGGAGAACGCAAUGGUGUCCAGAGGAGUCUGUAAUGCUUCACCUUGCUUCCCGCUGUUCCUGUUACAUUUGCAGAAUCCUUCAAUUCUCUUCCAUUAUCCAUGUUUCUGUUUCAACAAUUCUUCUCUCUCUCUUCCUUCUCUUUCGGAUCAUCCCUUUGGACUCUGUCCCGUUUUCCCGUUUUCCCAAUUCCCAAUUCCCAUUCUCAAUCAACACUCUUUCCUUCUUCCGCAUUCAUUCAACAAUCUUCGCAUUUUUCCUCCAUACCCAUUUCGAGAUUUCUUCUGUAAUCGACCUUUGCUUUCUUUUUUGUUAUGGACGAUCGGAUUGAAGACGAUGAACGGGAGGCGUUGGCGGGGUUGAGUUCCGUCCCUCCUCCUCGGAAAUCUCAUUCUUACAGCCAGCAGCUUCGAGCUGCCUCCGAUCAGAAGCGUCAGCAAAUGCGCAAGCACAGUCUGGAUGAGGAUCAGAUUCCCAAGAUUAUGGAUUCCUGUCAUGCUUCUACUGAUGAUGAUUUUCUUCCCUAUUCGACCACGUCGGCCGUUAAAGGUGAGGAAAAUCCCUCGCAGAGACUGGACCAGAACCUCUGUAUGGACGGCGGCGGAGGCCAGGAGGAUCCGCGGCAAUCGCAGGCAUUGGCGGAGUUUGUUGGCAGUGGUGGCUCCACGGGGGUUUUCAAGGUUCCGAUUCGCGCCUCAGUUCAUCCAGGCCGGCCAACGUGCCUGGAGCUGAGGCCGCAUCCAUUGAGGGAGACACAGGUAGGGAAAUUCUUGAGGAACAUUGCGUGUACAGAGACGCAGCUAUGGGCAGGGCAGGAAUGUGGGGUCCGGUUCUGGAAUUUCGAAAAUGCUUAUGAAGGUGGUAGUGGACUGGGCGGGAGGGUGAGAAGGGGCGAUGAGGAUGCUGCCCCGUUUCAUGAAUCCACCAACACCUCGCCCACCACGUGUUUGAUUGUUGACAAUGGGAACAGAUUGGUGUGGAGUGGGCAUAAGGAUGGAAAGAUCAGAUCAUGGAAGAUGGAUCAGUCUCUCGAUGAAAUGCCUUUCAAGGAGGGGCUUUCAUGGCAAGCCCAUCGUGGCUCUGUUCUUUCCAUGACCUUAACUACUUAUGGUGAUCUGUGGACAGGUGCUGAGGGUGGUAUUAUUAAGGUCUGGCCAUGGGAGGCAAUUGAAAAGUCUCUUUGCCUUUCGUCGGGGGAAAGGCAUAUGGCUGCUUUACUUGUAGAGAGGUCAUAUAUUGACCUGAGGAGUCAAGUGACAGUUAAUGGUGUCUGCAGUAUAUCUUCUCAAGACGUAAAGUGCGUGUUAGCUGAUAAUGUUAGAGCCAAAGUUUGGUGUGCUGGGGCCCUAUCAUUCUCUCUAUGGGAUGCUCAAACAAGGGAGCUUGUAAAAGUUUUUAAUGUAGAUGGUCAGACUGAGACUCGAGUUGAUAUGCUAACAUCUCCUCAAGAUCAAACAAUGGAAGAUGAGAUGAAAGUAAAAUUUGUUUCCAUGGCCAAAAAAGAAAAACCACAGGGCUUUCUCCAGAGGUCACGCAAUGCCAUAAUGGGAGCUGCAGAUGCAGUUCGUCGAGUUGCAAAAGGAGCAGGGGCAUUUACAGAAGAUAUCAAGAGAGUAGAGGCAAUAAUGCUGGCCAAGGAUGGCAUGAUUUGGAGUGGAUGUACAAAUGGUAUGUUAGUGCAAUGGGAUGGAAAUGGAAACCGGUUGCAAGAUUUUAACCACCACCCUUAUGCUGUUCAGUGCUUCUGUGCUUUUGGGACACGGAUAUAUGUGGGCUAUGUGAGUGGAGUUAUCCAAAUAGUGGAUCUUGAGGGGAACCUAGUUGCAGGAUGGGUUGCUCAUAGUAGCCCUGUGCUAAAAAUGGCUGUGGGUGCAGGCUAUGUUUAUAGCUUGGCUAGCCAUGGUGGAAUUCGCGGCUGGAACUUGACUUCUCCAGGACCCAUUGAUAACAUAGUACGGACAGAACUGGCUGCCAGAGAGGCGAUAUACACAAGAAAACAAAAUGUCAGAAUGCUGGUUGGCACAUGGAAUGUUGGACAAGGGAGAGCCUCUCAUGAAGCACUGAUGGCAUGGUUGGGUUCUACUGUCUCCGAUGUUGGCAUUGUCGUUGUUGGAUUACAGGAAGUAGAGAUGGGUGCUGGUUUCCUUGCCAUGUCUGCUGCAAAAGAAACUGUAGGACUUGAAGGCAGUGCUGUAGGACAAUGGUGGAUUGAUACCAUUGGAAAAGCCUUGGAUGAAGGGACAACUUUUGAACGCAUGGGUUCCAGGCAACUGGCUGGCUUGCUUAUUUCUCUUUGGGUAAAGAAAAAUCUUAGAACACAUGUUGGAGAUGUUGAUGCUGGAGCAGUUCCUUGUGGUUUCGGUCGUGCAAUCGGAAAUAAGGGAGGUGUAGGUUUGAGAAUCAGAGUCUAUGAUAGGAUAAUAUGCUUUGUGAACUGUCACUUGGCUGCACACUUGGAAGCAGUAAAUCGUCGUAAUGCCGAUUUUGACCAUAUUUAUCGAAACAUGGUCUUCAACCGGUCAUCUAACCUUCUAAAUAAUGUAGCUGGUAUGGUGCCAUACCUGUUUUUGUCUUGCUCUCUUGCCUUCUCCACAUAUUUAUUUUGGCUGCUUUACUCUUCUGGCUUGCCGUUGGCCCUCUCUGUUGCAGCUGGUGUCUCAACUGCUGUUCAUACACUUCGAGCUACAAAUGUUGCUGCUGUCAAUCCUGAAGAACCAAAACCUGAGUUAUCUGAUGCAGACAUGGUUGUGUUUUUGGGUGAUUUUAAUUACCGGCUCUUCGGCAUAUCAUAUGAUGAAGCACGAGACUUUGUUUCUCAGAGAUGCUUCGACUGGCUUAGAGAAAAGGAUCAGCUUAGGGCUGAGAUGAAAUCUGGUAAAGUUUUCCAAGGCAUGCGUGAGGCACUCAUUCGAUUCCCUCCUACAUACAAGUUUGAAAGACAUCGACCCGGCUUAGCAGGAUAUGAUGCUGGCGAGAAGAAGCGUAUUCCUGCCUGGUGUGACAGAGUAAUAUAUCGUGACACUCGGUCAGCUCCAGUGACUGAAAGUAGUUUAGAAUGCCCUGUAGUAUCAUCUGUUCUAUUGUAUGAGGCUGUCAUGGAAGUGACCGACAGCGAUCACAAACCUGUCAGAUGUAAAUUCAACAUUCAGAUUUGUCAUGCUGAUAGGUCAGUGAGGAGAAGGGAGUUUGGGGACAUUAUCAAAUCUAAUGAGAAAGUGAAAUCUAUUUUUGAAGAGUUAUUAUACAUUCCGGAAACCAUUGUCAGCACCAACAGUAUAGUUCUACAAAACCAGGAGUCGUUUGUUUUAUGCAUAACCAAUAAAUGCGUGAAAGAUGUGGCUACUUUUAGAAUUAUCUCCGAAGGUCAACCCCCUGUCAAGGAUGAAGGCGACGUGCGCGAUUAUCAUCCAAGAGGUGCCUUUGGCUUUCCUCGGUGGCUCGAGGUAUCACCAGCUGCAGGUAUAAUUAAACCCGAGCAAUCUGUCGAGAUAACGGUAAACCAUGAAGAAUCCCGCUCCCAGGAGGAGUCUGUUGAUGGCAUUCCACAAAACUGGUGGUGCGAAGACACACGAGACAAGGAAGUUAUGCUAACUGUCACUAUACAAGGAAGUUGCUCGACACAAUCGUUCAGUCACCAAGUCCGUGUGCGCCAUUGCUUCUCAAACAAGGCAGCAGCUCCCAUGGAGACUAAAUCCAACAGUACUAAAAAACCAUAAAAGGAUUCUUUGAUUCUCUGGCAAUUUUUAUUUUCUCAUUUGGUCCAUAGCUUCCUAUGCUCAAAAAAAGUCUUUGAAAAUCGGGAACGAAAGAACGAUGAUACGAGUUAGGAGGUAGCAUAUUUUCAACAUUUCUUAGGAAAUCAAAGUUGUGAGAAAUCUUAUGCAAUUUUAGUUAAACCAGUAUGCAUUUUUAUGUAAAUAGGCUGGCAAUUGUUUUAGCCAUCUUAGUACACAGGGAAUGUUAUCCACAGCUUAUAUUUCGGUUCUCAGAUUCUUUCCAGUUAAAAGAUACUGUAAUUUGUAGAUCAUUUUCUUCACCAUUGUACAAAGAGAUUCUACAUGCA